CUUCUCCUGAUUGAACCACGGACUUGUAAAUACCACUUGUUGUACAACCAUGUCUCUUUAUUAUUUCUUAUCCAAGCAAUAAUGCUUAUUGCCUACUCGAUCUUCGGAUAGACUCAUCGAUUUUAGCAUGGAAUACCUGAUUAUGGAAUAUUAUUGAUUGUCGCAACCGCCACAUAACCGCACCUCAUGUCCCUCCGGCAUCUUCUGCAGAGGAUUCUUGUCAUCCUUUUGCCGCUAUCCAUUGCAUCCACUCUUUACCUCUACCUCUAUCCAAUAUUCCAAGGGUGCGCCUUCCCGAUCCCCAAUACCAAGAAUAUCAAUAGCGCGGCUUCGUCGUUUGCUUCGAAUGCGGUCGUAAACACUUUCCUCCAGCACGCGGCCGACUACAGCUCCACGUCGCCCGCUCUCCAGCCCAAACCAGCGAUUUUCCGUCUUCUCGUUCUUGCAGAUCCUCAAAUUGAAGGUGACAGUUCACUUCCGGGCCCUGACGAUGAAUUCCUAGCUCGGAUACGCCGGUAUUGGGAGGACAUACAAUCUGCGUUGGUCAAUGGAACAGCAGGAAACGCUACAAGCCCAUUAAACGAGGAGGAGUUAGAAGUUCCUCUGUCUGUUUUUGCGGUUGUGGCUGAUGCUAUAUACAACACGAUUGUUGUAGAUAUCCCAUCUGCGCUUACUGCGGCUCGCAAACGUUUAGACCUGUUUGGGAACGAUUAUUAUUUGGCGCAUAUUUAUCGAACCUUGUUUUGGUGGAGUCGGCCAACACAUGUUACAGUGUUAGGCGACUUGAUAGGAAGUCAAUGGGUGACGGAUGAAGAAUUUGAGAAUCGCGGAUGGAGAUAUUGGCAUCGAGUUUUUCGAGGCGGCGAGAGAGUAGACGACGAUAUCACUAUUACUGGAAAGAAGUCUCGUGGUGAUGACGAAUCGGCAUCUAGUGUGGAGACCCCUGAACUUGAGUCAUUGAGUCGCUUCAACUCUUCUUGGGCUAGGAGAAUUAUUAAUAUUGCUGGGAAUCAUGAUAUUGGAUAUGCGGGUGAUGUGUCGAAGCAUCGUCUGGAACGAUUCGAGCGAGUGUUUGGUCGUGCAGAUUGGGAUUUGAGGUUUCAGCAUCCUCCAUUGGAGCAAGGUAGGAAUACGGGGGAGGCAGAUGCCAGUAUACGACCUACCUUGCACAUUAUUAACCUUAAUGACCUGACUCUGGAUGGCCCUCCUUUCGACCCAGAGAUCCAAUCCGAUAGCUACACGUAUAUCAACGACCUUUUAUCUCACCGUUCACACCCUGUUGAAGACGAAGCCUCGUUCACCCUCCUCCUAACACAUGUCCCACUUCAUAAACGCGAGGGCAUAUGCGUAGACAGCCCCCAUUUCGCCUUCUUCGACGAUGAUGAUGAACGAGACUCUGAAAACGACACCAUUCGCUUCCACAAAGAUGGGCUCCGUGAACAAAACCACCUGAGCGAACACGUUAGCUCAGUCGGCAUCCUUCAAGGCGUUUUUGGUAUGAGUGGAGAUACCGAUGCUCCAGCACACGGCCGCGGUCGACGUGGCCUUAUUCUGACGGGCCACGACCAUGAAGGCUGUGACGUUGUUCAUUUCGUGAACCGCACCGCUGUUUCUUCGCGGGAUGAGUUGGAGGGUAUUGAGGAAGAGAAUAACGAGCCACCCUGGCACUGGGAUGCAGCACGAUACCCACUAUCGAGCUCUUCAUCAUACGGAGAUGUCGACAACCCGUCGAUCCGCGAAAUCACGCUUCGUUCCAUGAUGGGCGAGUACGGCGGGAACGCGGCAUUGCUAUCGCUCUGGUUCAAUCCCGAUCCAGAGGUGAAUCAGUGGCAGUAUGAGAUUCAAAAGUGUGCCGCUGGUGUACAGCAUAUCUGGUGGGCGGUCCAUGGACUAGCGCUUGCCAGUUUGAUUGGCGUGUCUGUCCUUGUUGGAAUCUAUGCUGGAGAGAUUGUUUGCAAUUUGUCUUCAAGAAAAGAACCUGGGAAGGCGUCUCGAGAAAAGCAGAAAAAGUCGGUUCCAGUACCGCAAAAAAACAAAUCCUCACAGAAAACAUCGGAACGCUAAAUGCCUAGAACAAGAUUCUACGAGGCUUGUGGAUAUCAAUAGAGAUCUAGUAAAUAUGUAAUACAAUGUGUAAUAAUUUAA